ACAAAAUGAAAAAGGAUUGCCACCGUGGGGUUGGGCGGGGCGGGGUGGACCGCAAGGAAAUGGAAUAAGAGCCCAACUGGUAGAUUGUUCUUGUCCCCCCACCCAUCAAAAAACAAAAACAAAAUAUCAAAGGAAACGGUUUGAGACGCAAGUGGGUCCCCUCCCACCGAAGGUAGCGGCAGCGCGCAGCCUAUAUAUGCCGAGGGCGGCCCCUCCUCUCUCAUAUACCAAUAUACGAUACCAGGUCCAUCAGAUCCGGCAGGAAGGAGGAGGAAAGAGAUGGCGCCAAGCACAAACUCACUCGUAUCACAAUCAGAAGCAGCACCGGUCCGUCGCUACCGCAUCGGGUAUGCCUUCGCACCCAAAAAAGAGCAGACCUUCAUCCAGCCCUCUCUCCUCCACCAUGCCUCUCGUUACGGCAUCGAUUUCGUCCCCAUUUCAAUAAUCGAUUCCACCGCUACCGCCAAGACCCUGAUCGAGCAAGGCCCCUUCGAUUGCAUCAUCCACAAGCUCUACGGCCCCCACUGGAACCAACAGCUCAAGGAAUACUCGUUAAAGUAUCCACAAACGCUCAUUCUUGACCCGCCCGAGUCCAUCGAGCGCCUCCACAAUCGGGUCUCCAUGCUCGACGUCGUCACCGCCUUUGAAUCGAAGCCGCAUCAGUCAGGCGACAGAUUCCAAUCGAAGAUCUCGGUGCCCAAACAGGUGCUGGUUGACCAUUACCCGGAAGGCGAAGAAGCAACUAAUUUGUUGGCGGGGUUGGAGUUUCCGGUGAUUGCAAAGCCGUUGUUGGCGAAUGGCAGCGCCAAGUCGCACGAGAUGUGUUUGAUUUUUAACCCCAAGGGGUUGCGCAGUCUUCUGGCCGAUACUGAUAGUCCCAUUUUGCUGCAACAGUUUGUGAACCACGGCGGGGUGGUGUUCAAGGGUUACUCAAUCGGAGAGCACGUCCAGUGCGUCAAGCGGAGGUCACUGCCGGACAUUUCGGAGGAGCAGGUGACCGCAUUGGAAGGGGCAGUGCUUCCUUUUUCCCAGAUAUCAAAUUCUGCGAAUGACGAGCAUAAUCUGGCUCAUGAUCCUCACGAAAUGCCUCCGCUGGAGUUUGUUGAGGAGGUGGCGAAGGGGAUACGCGUGGGCCUCAAACUCAACUUUUUCAACUUUGACGUGAUAAGGGAUUCGAAGGACCCCAGCAGCUAUUUUGUGAUCGACAUCAAUUACUUUCCUGGGUAUGCCAAAUUGCCUAACUACGAGCAUGCCUUGACUGACUUUUUGCUGAAUCUGCUUGCAACAAGUAGUCAUCCCCAAAGCCAAAACCAAAAGGAGCUCCUGCAGCUCAAGGAAGAAGAAGCUGCCACAAGUUUGGAGUCCGAUGUCAAACAACACAGGGGUCAUAAGGAGGACUAGGAGGACCCGAGCAAGAGGAGGAGAUUGACAAUUGUGUUACUUGGAUUGGGUUUUUCCAAUUUAGGUAGCUGUGAAUUUCUUCUUGUGAUGAGAGGCAUACAGUCAAUGUAGUGGAGAGUGGAAGAGUGGAAAGUGGUGAGUGCAUGAUAUGAUAUGAGAGGGGUCACCAUCAUCGUGAGCAUACAUGUAGAUGCGAAUUGCAUGUAAGCUGGGUAACCUGUCACAUAUAUCAUCAUGUGCACAAAUAAAUUUCGAAUAAUUGCAGCAGCUACCUUUAAAUUUGCAAAUCACAUGUCUUUAUAUACAUAUAUGGUUUUGGUCUCGUCUUAUUUUCCCAGAUGCAGAUGGAGCGACUGGUUGUCCAUGAAAUGAGAGCCUUUAUAAUUUUAUGCUUAA